AUGGCGACCGAAGAGACGCCCAAAGGGCUGGUCGCUAUGAUUGAGACCAUUGACGAAACCCGGAACACGAAAGAAAGCGGAAUGCCACCCAAAACUCUUGCUGAAGCUGUCGCCCAACAGAAGACAAACCCGUGGUCAAUCCGCCUCGUGGCUAUCCUCUCAAUCUCGUAUCUAGUAUCCACCAUGAAUGGGUUUGAUUCGUCUUUGAUGGGUGCCAUCAACGCUAUGAUCCCGUACCAGGAGACAUUCGGCUUGUCUGGCGCCGGAUCGAGCACCGGAAUCGUCUUUAUCAUCUACCAACUAGGACAGAUUGCAGCCUUCCCUUUUUGUGGUCUGAUAGCCGACGGCCUUGGAAGGCGAUGGUGCAUCUUCCUUGGUUGUCUCAUAGUCCUGAUUGGAACGGCCGUGCAAGGUUCUGCAAAUCACCUUGGCCAAUUCAUCGCCGGAAGAUUCAUCCUCGGUUUUGGAGCCAGCAUAGCUUCGGCAGCUGGGCCCACGUAUACCGUUGAGCUGGCUCACCCAACACAUCGAGGCUUCAUGGCUGGCAUGUACAACAAUUUCUGGUGGCUGGGUAAUAUCAUCGCGGGGUGGACAACCUACGGCACAAACCUACAUUACAGCGAUUCCUGGGCAUGGAGAACCCCAACAAUUGUCCAAGCUUUAAUGCCGGCGAUUGUCAUGGUCUUCAUCUUUUUCUUCCCAGAGUCGCCAAGGUGGCUGAUAUCUCACGACCGAGCCGACGAAGCUCUCCAGGUUCUUGCCAAGUACCAUGCCGAUGGCGACGUCAGCUCUCCUAUUGUCCAACUCCAAUACAACGAAAUCGUCGAGGACAAUAGCUUGACCGACGACAAGAACCCCUGGUGGGACUUUAGGGAGUUGUAUAACACGCGAGCUGCUCGAUACCGAUUCGCCAUGGUCAUCGCCAUGUCCUUCUUCGGCCAGUGGUCUGGGAAUAAUGUAGUCAGCUAUUUUAUGCCCGAGAUGAUCAAAAGUGCUGGUAUCACCGACAGCAACCGCCAACUACUGAUCAACGCCAUCAACCCCAUUUUUUCAAUGAUGGCGGCAAUCUACGGAUCCUCAUUACUGGAUAGACUCGGUCGGCGACAGAUGAUGCUUUGGGGCCUAGUCGGCUCUCUCAUUUCUUACUGCUUCCUUACAGCCUUCACUGCCCAAUCUGCCAAUAAUCCCAAUCUCGCCUACGGUGUUAUUGUAUUUAUAUAUCUCUUUGGGGUCGCAUUCGCGUGGGGAUUCACGCCGCUCCAGACUCUCUAUGCCGUCGAAUGUCUCGAGAACAGGACUAGGGCUAAAGGAUCGGGGGCCAACUUCUUGUUCCUGAACAUUGCGAUCAUGGUUAACACUUAUGGUGUUUCUAUCGGAAUCUCAGAGAUUGGCUGGAAGCUCUAUCUGGUCUACAUUAUCUGGAUUGUGGUGGAGAUGGUGAUAAUCUACUUCUUCUUCGUUGAAACUGCCGGCAAAACCUUGGAGGAGCUCCGAGAGGUCUUUGAGGCCAAAAACCCGCGGAAGGCGAGCGUUCAGAAUCUCAAGAAAAUGAACGGCCACCUCGUUCAAGCAAAGGAAGUGUAG